AUGGCCGAGGAACAACAGCAGCCGCCGCCCGACGCCCCCCCGCAGCCGCCCCCCGCCGCGGGGGUGGCCCUGCCCGCGCUGGUGCCCGGGCUGCCCGGGAGCGAGGCCAGCGCGCUGCAGCACAAGAUCAAGAACUCCAUCUGCAAAACUGUUCAAUCUAAAGUGGACUGCAUUUUGCAAGAAGUUGAGAAGUUUACAGACCUAGAGAAACUCUACCUCUACCUUCAGCUGCCUUCUGGUCUCAGCAAUGGAGAGAAAAGUGAUCAGAAUGCCAUGUCAUCUAGCCGGGCACAGCAAAUGCAUGCCUUUUCCUGGAUUCGGAAUACGCUUGAGGAGCAUCCUGAGACUUCACUACCGAAGCAGGAAGUCUAUGAUGAGUAUAAGAGCUAUUGUGACAAUCUCGGUUACCAUCCAUUAAGCGCUGCUGACUUUGGGAAGAUCAUGAAAAAUGUCUUUCCAAACAUGAAGGCACGUCGUCUGGGCACAAGAGGCAAAUCUAAAUAUUGCUACAGUGGACUACGGAAAAAAGCUUUUGUCCACAUGCCAACGCUGCCCAAUCUCGACUUUCACAAAACUGGAGAUGGGCUGGAAGGAGCCGAACCUUCUGGACAGCAAAACAUUGAUGAGGAAGUCAUCUCUUCGGCUUGCCACCUCGUGUGUGAGUGGGCCCAGAAGGUGCUGAGCCAGCCAUUCGACACAGUCUUGGAGUUAGCCCGCUUCCUGGUGAAAAGUCACUAUAUAGGCACCAAGUCCAUGGCGGCGCUGUCUGUGAUGGCAGCGGCACCACCAGGAAUUAAAGGAAUUGCCCAGCCCUCUGCCUUUGUACCUACAGCUGAAAGUAAUUCCUUUCAGCCUCAAGUGAAGACUUUGCCAUCUCCUAUUGAUGCUAAACAGCAGUUGCAACGCAAAAUCCAGAAGAAACAGCAAGAACAGAAACUGCAGUCCCCUCUGCCAGGAGAGUCCUCAACAAAAAAAUCAGAAGGCGCCACCACCAAUGGAGUGACGAGUCUUCCAAAUGGGAACCCUGCGAUCCUUUCUCCUCAGCCCAUUGGCAUAGUAGUGGCAGCUGUUCCUAGUCCCAUUCCGGUCCAGCGGACCAGGCAGUUGGUAACUUCCCCGAGUCCGAUGAGUUCUUCUGAUGGCAAAGUUCUUCCCCUCAAUGUUCAGGUGGUCACUCAGCACAUGCAGUCUGUGAAACAGGCACCAAAGACUCCUCAGAAUGUCCCAGCCAGUCCCGGCGGGGACCGCUCUGCCCGGCACCGGUACCCUCAGAUCCUGCCGAAGCCAGCCAACUCCAGUGCUCUCACCAUCCGCUCUCCAACAACUGUCCUCUUCACGAGCAGCCCCAUCAAAACUGCUGUCGUGCCCACUUCCCACAUGAGCUCUCUGAACGUGGUGAAGAUGACAGCCAUCUCCCUGACAGCCAGCAACAGCAGCAGCGCCCCUGUUAAACAGUCUGCCUCAGCAAACAGUGCUCCGGGAGCCACGGAAGAGUCGAGAACCUUCCCACAGAUCAAAAACGGCUCCGUUGUCUCACUUCAGUCUCCUGGAUCCAAGGGCAGCAGCGGCGGGUGUUCGUCCGCAGUGGAGGUCAAGAUGGAACCUGAGAUCUCCUCGGACGAACAGCAGGUGGCACAGUGCCAAGACAGUUCGGAGGGGAAUAAAACUCCCAAAGCAACACCGAGUGCCCUUCUGGGGCAGAAAAGCACGUCAGAUGGAGCCGUGCAGAAACCUUCCAGCGAAGGUGCCGUGGAAGUCAAAGCGUCGAAGGUCUGUGGCCAGAGGACCAAAUGUAAGAGCCGCUGUGGAGAAACCCAGCCCGCGCCAGCAGGCAGCGAUCAAAGCCCGAGCGCCCUCACCACGGCCGCCCCCAACUUAACUCUCACCAGCACCAACUCACCGCCUAGUGCUGACUCAGCAAACAAAGACCCCAAAGUGUGCACUAAAAGCCCACGGAAACGACUGUCUUCUGCUUUGCAAGAGUCCCAGGUGCCUCCUGUCAAGAAACCAAUUGUGGAGCAAGUUUCCGCAGCUGUCGAAGACCAGAAACCAGGCAGUGUUAAGAAGGACCACGCGGUCCCACAUUCAGGGACGACAGAGAGUGUCGCGGCAGGCGCUGCCCUCCCGGGCGCCCUGUCCAUAGACGUCAGCUCACACCUCGUGGCAAAUCCACCCUUGAGUUCUUCUGCUCUUCUCCCCACAGACUUGGCUUCGGAAGCGCCCGCCACACCGUCGUCCUCUCCCGAUAUCAAAGUCAAGCUUGAAGGCAGCGUCUUUCUCUUGGACAGUGACUCGAAAUCCGAUGGCAGCUUCAACCCAGGCGAAUGGCAGCAGGUCACAAAGGACCCGGAGUUCCUGUCUGCCGGCUGUGAGGAGGCCCAGGCCGUCAGCGUGGGGGUGAUGCCUGAGCACCCUGACAUCAGCGAGUUAGAGAAGUCGGUUUGGGAGCUCGAAGGGCUGCCCCAGGACCCAUAUCCCCAGCAGCUGCACGGCCAGAUCCAAGAGUCGCCCCUGAGUCAGACCCCGGCCCAGUCCUCAGACCAGUUACCUCUCCAGUCAGAGCUGAAGGAGUUUGAGCCUUCGGUCUCGCAGACCCACGACAGCUACUUUCCUUUCGACGACGAGCUCACACAGGACAGCAUCGUGGAGGAGCUGGUGCUCAUGGAGCAGCAGAUGGCGAUGAACAACCCUCACGCGUAUGGCAGCUGCCUGGGAAUGGCCCUCCAGAGUCCGUCGGUCACGCCAGGAGCCCCGGCCUCCUCACACACCUCCAGCUCCCACUUCUACCAUCCGAUCCACAGCAAUGGCACCCCGAUCCACACCCCCACGCCCACCCCCACCCCCACGCCCACGCCCACCCCAACGCCCACCCCCACCUCGGAAAUGAUCGCCGGCUCUCAGGGUCUGUCCCGGGAGAGCCCUUGCUCGAGGCUGGCCCAAACCACCCCCGUGGAUAGUGCUCUAGGAAGCAGCCGGCACACACCGAUUGGGACUCCACACUCAAACUGCAGUAGCAGCGUCCCUCCCAGCCCUGUGGAAUGCAGGAAUCCGUUUGCCUUCACCCCGAUAAGCUCCAGCAUGGCGUACCAUGAUGCCAGUAUCGUCUCCAGUAGCCCUGUGAAACCAAUGCAGAGACCCAUGGCCACGCACCCUGACAAAACCAAGCUUGAGUGGAUGAACAAUGGGUAUAGUGGGGUGGGCAGUUCGUCGGUCUCUGGCCAUGGCAUCCUCCCAAGCUAUCAGGACUUGGUAGAAGACCGUUUUAGGAAACCUCACGCUUUCGCUGUGCCGGGACAGUCCUACCAAGCUCAAGCCAGGCACCUCGACACUCACUUUGGCCGUGUAACUCCUGUCUCUCCCGUGCAGCAUCAGGGCACUGCCGUAAAUAACACCAACAAACAGGAAGGUUUUGCCGUCCCUGCCCCACUGGAUAAUAAAGGAACAAAUUCAUCCACCGGUGGCAGUUUCAGAUGCCGGAGUGUGAGCCCUGCCGUCCAUCGCCAGCGGAACCUGAGUGGAAGCACCCUCUACCCAGUAUCCAACAUCCCCCGGUCCAACGUGACCCCCUUUGGAAGUCCAGUCACCCCAGAAGUUCCUGUGUUCACAAAUGUUCACGCAGAUGCAUGUGCCAACAACCUAGCCCAGAGAAGCCAGUCGGUUCCCUUGACAGUCAUGAUGCAGACAGCCUUCCCCAAUGCGCUUCAGAAGCAAACAAAUACUAAAAAAAUCACCAAUGUUUUGUUGAGCAAACUGGACUCUGAUAAUGAUGAUGCAGUAAGAGGUUUGGGCAUGAACAACCUACCCUCCAAUUACACAGCCCGGAUGAAUCUCACUCAGAUCUUGGAAACCUCCCCAGUUUUCCCUAGUGCCAACUCACAGAAUAUGAUCGAUUCCAGCACUUCGGUUUAUGAAUUCCAAACACCAUCUUACCUCACCAAAACCAGUAGCACGGAUCAGAUCAGCUUUUCUCCUGAAGAUAAUCAAGCACAAUCCGAAAUUGGAGAGCAACAGUUAGACUUCAGUAGCACUGUUAAAGACUUACUGAGUGGAGACAGCUUGCAGACCAGCCAGCCGUUGGUAGCUCAGGUCACCUCUGAUCUCACGAGUGCUGCGUCUGACUUCUCUAGUGAUCUCAGAUUGUCGUCUGAGCUCUCAGGCAGCAUCAACGAUUUGAACACUUUAGACCCAAAUCUACUGUUCGAUCCGGGUCGUCAGCAGGGACAAGAUGAUGAAGCUACACUGGAAGAAUUAAAGAAUGACCCAUUGUUUCAACAAAUCUGCAGCGAAUCCAUGAGCUCUAUGACUCCAUCAGGUUUUGAGUGGAUAGAAAGCAAGGACCAUCCUGCUGUUGAAAUGUUGGGUUGAAUUGUGUUUUAUAAUACGUAGCACACUGUAUCUAAAGACAUAUGUAUUGUAUUUGUCUUAAUGGAAGUGCCUCCCGCAGCAGAAACACUAUUAAUUGUGACAUUUUAAAAGAGUUUGCUGCAGAAGUGGUUUCUUCAAGUAGGAAAUGGUUAGGCUUGCCUCAGUUCUUUCUUGAUAAUUUCCAGAGACAGUAGGCGAUAGAAGAACAAGUAUUAGGUUUUAAAUUCUACAGCAUUUCCCCCAUUUAAUCACAUUGUUAGCGAACGAUUGACUAACCGGCUUUUACAAGAGCAGUCUAGAUCUUUAUUUUGUGUAAAUUUAUUUUAGUCACUGGUUGAUCUGCACAGAAUUUAGAGAAAACCAUUGAUUUUUUCUGUUGUUGUUGGCAUUAUCUUUUAGAUAUGAAAUCAUAGCUAAGGUGAACUGUAGACAAGAAGGUCUUCCUUGGAACAGGGAUAAUAUUCAGGUUAUUUUAAGUAUUUAGGCUUGAAGCAUAGAGCUACUGUAGAAUGAAAAAUCUCUGUAGGACUUUCUGGGACUUCAGUACCAUUUGCAACUACAAUGAAGGGCUUAAAUAGGAGAAAAUAAUGGAAAAUUUAAUAUUAAUUUAAGGAAAGCAGAAGCAGCACUAAAACUUUUAAAAGGAAAAACUAGUAGCUAUUUGUAUUUGUGACAUUGCAUUACUUCUUAUUUCAGAGUGUUGGUUUUUAAUAUGGCGUGCGCACGCACACACACACAUACCCCAAAUAACUACAGACAGUAUAAUUUAAUAGAAUAAACACAAGCGUGCUAGGAAAAUGUUUUCUGUUUAUGUGAUUGAGAUUGGGGAAUUAGAAAGGAAAAUAAAAACAUUUUCUUUCACAAUGGCUGCAUGCACAUAUACUAAAAUCUAUGAUUUUAUUUUGAGGAAUCUUUAGUUGCAGAAUUGUUAAGCCUUCAGUUGAAUAAUUUCUUCAUUCCUCCUGAAUUCAAUUUCAAUAAAUACAUCUUGUUUAAAGGAUCCAUUUGAAAAUAAACAGGAGGGAGAUAGCAUUAAAAAACUGAACAAAAACAUUAUACCACCUAAGGUCUGAAGCCACAAAUCUUUAUAUCUCUGAUAAAACAAAGGGGAUAUCAAUAAUACUUGAAGAAGAGGAGCAUUUUAUUACAUGCUUAAUUUAUUGUGAUAGCCACAAUUGCAAAAGAAGCACUCAGGAUUUGUUUUAAAAUGUUUCUCUCUAUGGCUCUCAUUUUGUUUUAUGAAUAGUUAUUUAUGAAUUUCAUGUUAACAAAAAUCAGCUCACUAGUUGACAGUUCCACUUAGUGAGUUUCAAGAUCGUUUUCAAAGAGAUUUAAAUAUUGCCAUUACGUCUUUAAAGCUAACGUUAAACCAUUGCUGUGCUACCUUGAAUCUAGCUAAGCUUUCCUAUACCUUAAUUAGGAAGCCAAUCAGAAAACUACAAUCAAUGAAUAUUUAACAAGCAUGAUGAAGGGUUUAAUUUAAUAAGAUUUCAUCGUUCACUAAAUUUGCAAGGUAGGGUAUUAACAUUUUGAUAAAUAAAUGGUGCUAGGGUUGGCUCAGAGAUUUAUAUAUUAAUAAUGUCAUAGUUAUUGGCAUUUGUGUAUGUUUGCUGUUAUCUUGAUUUGAUGAUCUGUUAGAUUUUUUUUUCUUGAUGCUAGUUAUUUCUUCACUGUACAUUGAGACAGCACUACUGCACACCAAAGUAUGCAAUACCCAAAGGAAACUGUGUGAUUUCUUCUUGUAACAAAUUAUGGGAGCCUUUCUCUAUGAGAUACUCUGAAAAGGAGAUUUUUGAGGCCAUUCUAAUCCCUUGUUUACAUUAUUAGCUUCCUACAAAUAUAAAAAUAAUGGAAUCUUUUUUGAUAAAAAUAUGAAGACUGGAGGAUUUUUAACCCCAUGUACAGUAUUGCAGCAAACACUUUAAAUUUGGUUGAAUUCGUCCAACAAACUUUCUGGGGUUCAUAUAUUGCACUAAAUUUGUUGAACCUGUGGUAGGCACAUCUCUUAGGAUAAAUGCAACCAAUUCAGUCCACAGAUUAAAGUUUUUAAAUGUGUUUCAUUAUGAAAAGACAAAAUGUCAUCCAAGUGACAGAUAAAAUUGUCUUAUGUAGCAAUGUGCAUUGAUCUCAAUGAGAUAUUUCUAUUUCUUAUUCUCUUACAUGAGAAUAUUACAGCAGGAAGAAUUAAGUUUAGUUUGCUUCACCAUGUUAAUACAUGAUCACAAAAUGUGCAUGAGUGUUAUUGACUUAUCCUGUACAGUACAAGGUAUUCCUGUAACCACUCUUUUUUUCUUGGCUGUAUUGAAACUGGUUCAGUGAUAACCAGGCAAGCAUAGUUAUUCACAAGUUAUUCACUUUUUUAUGUUUACUAAUUCUGCUUAGUUAUUGUUGAAUAUGUUCUUUUAUUGGAUUACUUUCAUUGUUUUGAUGUUUGAAACAUUUUACAUAAUGUUUAUCAUGAUAAGACUUCAUGAAGUAAAUAAUUUUGCAUAUAUUUGCAAUAAGCACUGACUUUUGAACUGAAAAGAAGGAAAGUGGUUUUUUUUUUGUGCAGUGCAUCUGAGGUUCAUAUAAUAGUCUUGUACUAUAAUGUGCUUUACUACACCAUAAAUGACAAAAACAAGCCCUGUUUCAUGUUUUCAUUUAGUGCAAAAAAAAAAGAAGAUCGAUUUCCCCAGUGUUUUGUUGUCUGUUGUACCUGCUGAAACUACAGUAGUUGAAUAUUGCAGUAGCAUUUCAGUUCUCUUUUUUUAUUGAAAGUGCUCAAAAAUUGUUUUUUAAAUGUUUUCAGAAACAAUUAAAAGCAUUUUAUAUUAAACUGA